GGGCGGGCCGGAAGGCGUAGCGGAUGACGUCAGCCACUAGAGGUGACUUGCUGGAGUCAGUGACAGUUGCCGCUGCUAGGAGUUCGGUCCAUCAGCGUCAGGCAUGGCCUUCUGUAUCCCGCGUCCCGGGGCUCACCUGUCCCGCACCACCCGAGCAUUGAACUAUGCCCACCGCUAUGCAUCAUCACAGCCCUCCUUACAUGAAGUUGUCAUUGCAAGUGCGGUAAGGACACCAAUAGGAUCGUUCCAGGGGUCCCUGUCCUCUUUCCCAGCCACAAAGCUUGGCACCAUCGCCAUUAAAGCUGCAGUUGAACGAGCAGGUAUUCCGGCAGAGGACGUAAAUGAGGUGUACAUGGGCAACGUCCUUCAGGCUGGGCAGGGACAGGCGCCCACUCGGCAGGCCGCACUUGGCGCAGGCCUACAAAUCUCCACUCCCACCACCACCAUCAACAAAGUUUGUGCCUCUGGAAUGAAGUCCAUUAUGCUGGGAGCACAGAGCCUUAUGUGUGGACACCAGCAAGUAAUGGUGGCCGGCGGGAUGGAGAGUAUGUCUAAUGUUCCAUACUGCAUGAGUAGAGGAGCUACGCCCUACGGUGGACUCAAACUGGAAGAUCUAAUUGUUAAAGAUGGGCUGACAGACGUCUACAAUAAAUUCCACAUGGGAAAUUGUGCAGAGAAUACAGCUAAGAAGCUCGGUAUCGGACGGGAAGAGCAAGACAUUUUUGCCAUUAGUUCCUACACCAGGAGUAAAGCAGCCUGGGACUCCGGGUUAUUGGCCAAUGAAAUAACACCUGUUACUAUUUCACAGAAAGGGAAACCCGAUGUUGUUGUACAGGAAGAUGAAGAGUACAAGCGAGUAGAUUUCAGCAAGUUUCCAAAACUCAAGACUGUUUUCCAAAAGGACAAUGGGACCGUAACUGCAGCCAAUGCGAGUACCCUGAAUGACGGGGCGGCAGCUUUGGUCCUAAUGACGUCAGAAGCAGCAGGGAAGCUGAAAGUCCAACCACUGGCACGGAUCAUAGCAUUUGCUGACUCUGCAGUAGAUCCUAUUGACUUCCCUAUCGCACCUGCAUAUGCAAUUCCCAAGAUCCUGAGUGCCACAGGUAUAAAGAAGGAAGACAUUUCCAUGUGGGAGAUUAAUGAGGCGUUCAGUGUCGUCGUGUUGGCCAAUAUAAAAAUGCUGGAUAUUGACCCUGCAAAAGUCAACAUCAACGGAGGAGCGGUGUCUCUCGGCCACCCCAUUGGCAUGUCAGGAGCUAGAAUCGUUGGCCACAUGGCUCAUACGUUGAAGAAAGGACAGUUCGGUCUUGCUGCAAUCUGCAACGGUGGAGGAGGCGCCUCUGCAGUCUUAAUAGAGAAGCUGUAAAAUCACAAUCUUAAGGGAAUAAAUGGCUGCAGCAUAAUCCCACUCACUUUAUAAUUCGUAUGGUAUGGAAUCUGUUACAUUGGUCUAUAACAGGCUGGGCAAAUUGCCGCUCUCCACCUGUUAUACAACUACAAGUCCCAACACAGCAUGAUAGCAGGGCAUGCUGAAACUUCUAGCGGUACAAGAACAGGUGAGCCACAGGUGGGAUAUCCAAACAUAAAGUAUACUUCAAGAAACUAGUGCAACUGCAAUACAAAGAUCUCAGUGACUUAACUGUGUGUAGAGCCUUGGAUUGCUGUUACGGAAAAGUAAUUAUCUGCCUCUGUAUCAGCGACAUUCAUACAGAAUGAUAGAUACAGUCUAAAGGAGAAUUCUGGGCACCUGUAACCCCCCCCACCUGCAUUUGUCUAUACUGCCAACAGAGGGCCAUCGCUGAGAUUUGUAAUUAACACAGCAAUAAGUUCCUAUGACACAAGUAACAAGUACUGAUCAAAACUCUUUGCAGAUGCACAUGUAACAUCCCGUAAUGUAAAGAAAUAAAAAUACAACACAACUUGUUUUAUAUCAUCUGAAAUCAGUAUCAAGAAGUGAAUAUUUUAUGCUCUCUUCCAUUUUUAUACAGCAGUCUGUACAAUGACUAUGUUUUUGUUUUUUUUAUUUAAUAAAAUUUAACGUUGGAUGUG